CCAGAAUAUACACCACAAAAAAUUUGUUAACUAGCUCCAACCAAAAUAUAGUUGUGAUCCUAUCAUCAUGGUGCUAAAUAAUCUUUUAACAAAGUAUACUUUAGUACAAACUAAGCAUACACAUUUGGCUAUGCCCUACCCAAGCGUCUAUGUCCUUUAAGUAAAUGUUAAAAAAUAAAAACAUAGCAUGUGUCUCUCUUCACGCUUUUCUCUUCCAAACUUUACUGCCACGAAUGGAUGGUCCACAGGACAUAUCAAGAUUCGGAUUCCACUGCCACUUUCACAGUCCCCUCCCCCCUUCAAAAGCCAAACCAAACAUUCCAACUAUUCAAUCCCUGCUUUGACCACAAUUACAUUCACAACUUCAUGCCUAUAAAACCCCCUUCUCAUUCACUUCAAACUGCUCCUUCCACAACCAACAAUAUUCAUGGGUACUAAAGACACCCCUGAUUAUUACUGUGUCUUCGACAGAUGGGUUCCCGGGAUAUACACCUCCCUAUCGGAACUUCAUGAGCAGAUAAACGAGUACGAAGAUUGUUAUUGGGAAAAAUACACCACGUUGCCUGAAGCCGAGCAAGCCUGGCUAUCAUACUUUGGCAUUGAAGACCUAGAGGAAGGCAAGGCGCAUCAUGAAUGGUAAAGCACCCGAUGCCGUUGAGACGGAUGACUUCCGGGAGAAGUAGAGGAUUGCCCUCAGAGCCUUGCAUGCAAGGUUUCACCAACUUCAGCACAUGUUGCCAAAGAAACCGCAGCGCCAUCAGCUAGUCCCGGAGACACCGUCGGCUCCGUUGCUUAACCCAAGCAUGAGGGCUUACCUGGACAAUGCUUGCGACAACCUGCACAUUCCGGGUCCCAUUUAUAGGAUCCUCAUCCAAAGGGUCGGAUUUGCUAUCGCCAUCUCGUCUCUGUGGUCCCACCUUCAUCGUCUAAAGAGCCUUAGUGGUUGUCGACCGUAUAGCAUUCAAUCAUACUCUCUCUCUCUCUUGAGGACGCGGCACGACUAUGCAUCCAGGAGCUCUGUAAAACCAAGGACACCUACAUCCACGAUUACAACUACGACCUGGCCAAGAGGUGGAAACAAAAAUACACUGACCUCUGCUAAGAAACUUACACCCUCGAGGCCCGGCUCAAGGAUGUCACAGAGUCCAAUGAUGCCUUGCAAGAGAGGCUUUCACCUUGGACAGGCUUUGCCAUGGGAGGCAUGGGGCUGCAACUUGAAACGGUGGCAUUGGAGGAGGAAGCACCUAGUCGACUGAGGAC